AUCUGGAUGUUGUUACUCCUGAGCUCCUGAACAGGGGAAAAGCUAUUUCCCUGGUUCGCCAUGAAUUUGAAGAUUUUGAUCGCUAUUUUGGCGGUGGCUCUUGUCGCGAUUAUAGCCCUGAAUUGGAUCUUAAUAGUGGGCUUCGCGAAAUCGGUAAAUUGUAAGUACACCAAGUUUACAGAUGUGCUGGAGGAGAUGCAUGGGCAGAGGUUUCAGAGUCAGGUAUUUCAAGAUCUGGACAGUGAGGAGCUCACCAGCGUGGUGCAGUACCUGAGGCAGAAGAUUACAGUGAGGCUGGUGAACUGCAGUGAAGCCCUUCCAUCAGACAAUUACAUCUACAUGAUCGAACUGCACCUCCCCCCAAAAAGUGAGGUCUUAAAGUUUUUGGAUAAGCAGGAAAGCCAGCCGAGGAGAGAAGCCAGAGCGGUGGUGGUAUUUGGAGCUCAGAGUGAGCCUAAUAUCACGGAGUAUGUGGUGGGACCCCUUCCUCAUCCAACCUACCACAAAGACAUUUCUUCCCAGAAAUACCAGAACCUGAGUUUUCAGGCCAGACCUGUGACAGGCUUCGAAUAUAAAACCAUCAUUGCAAGAAUGGGAUUGGAAAAAGCCUCUCGGGUUAUUCGGGAAAGUUUCGGCUUAGACUGGGAAACUCUGAUCUACAUGGACUCUGCCCCUCGCGGUUUCAAAGCGGGGGACCGGGAAACCUGGUUCCCGUUCUUCAGAAACAUGAGCGGCCUCUUCAUGCACCCAUUGGGCUUUGAGGUGCUCAUAGACCACAGCAGCACCAAUCCCUCUCAGUGGAAGGUGAAGCAGGUCUUUUACAAUGGCCAGUACUUUGAUAGCAUUGAGGAAUUGGUCGCUCAGUAUGACCGUGGCACUGUGAGGAAAAUCCGACUGCACCGAGAUCCAUCCGAUCCGGACUAUGCCUCAGUGAAACCCCACGUCCAACAUAAAUCUGUCUCCCCUUUGCAAUAUGAACCCCAGGGUCGCCGUUACUCUGUGCUCUAUAACCAUGUGAGGUAUUUCAAUUGGCAAUUUGCUUUCCGCCACAGCACUGUCAAUGGGCUGCAGUUGUUCAAUAUCCAAUUCAGGGAAGAAAGAAUCGCCUAUGAAUUGAGUGUGGAGGAGCUCAACUCUGUGUAUGGAGGUGACUCGCCCUCCUUAAUGAGGACCAAGUUUCUUGACGUCAGUUAUGGAAUUGGCAAAUCUGUCAAUGAACUGGUGAGAGGGGUGGACUGUCCGUACAGUGCAACCUUUAUAGACACUGUUCACUUCUCAGAGAGUGAGAACCCAAGGCGGAUCAAGAACUCCAUCUGUAUUUUUGAACAGAAUAAGCAAUUGCCCCUCAGGCGGCACUAUUUCAGCUGGAACACACCUCUCUCUUACGGGGGAGUGGCCGACUGUGUGCUGAUCAUAAGGUCAGCCUCCACCGUGGCCAACUAUGAUUAUAUCUUCGAUUACGUAUUCCACCACAACGGUGUGAUUGAGACCAAGGUCCAUCCCUCAGGAUAUGCCCUGACUACAUUUUUUUAUGAGGGCAGUCUUCUGUAUGGAGCAAAACUCGAAGAGAACGUUUUGGGGAAUAUUCACACUCAUUUCUUGCAUUUCAAGGCGGAUCUGGAUGUAGCAGGAACACGUAACUCGAUUGAAACAAAGGAUGUGGCAUAUGAGCUCAAAUCAGUCCCAUGGAGAGAUGAUCAGAAGAUAUAUGUAGCCACUGUGAAAAAGCAGAUAUUAGAGACAGAAAACCAGGCUGCUUUCAGAGCUGGGACAAAAAUGCCUAGAUAUCUGAAUUUUGUAAAUCAAGAUCUUAGAAAUAAGUGGAACCAUUAUCGUGGUUAUAGGAUUCAAGUGGUGAGCUUCAAUCCUGACAGUGUACCUGAAGAAAUUCCAGAAGAAAAAGCUAUUUCCUGGCAAAGGUACCAGUUGGCAGUGACAAAGUACAAAGAAAGGGAACAAAGAAGCAGCAGCAUUUACAAUCAGAAUAACCCUUGGAAUCCUGCUGUUUAUUUUGCUGGCUUUAUUGAUGAUGAAAAUAUUCAAAAUGAGGAUCUGGUAGCUUGGAUUACAGCCGGCUUUCUCCACAUUCCCCACUCAGAGGAUGUUCCAAAUACUGCCACAGCUGGAAAUGGUGUUGGCUUCUAUUUAAAGCCAGUAAACUACUUUCAGACUGAUCCAUCUAUUAGUGCCGAAGAUGCUGUCUACAUUGACUCUGCUCUGGAUGUAGAAAGAUGCGAGAACAACCCUGUAGCAUGUACACCAGAGUAUGCUACCUGUAUUCCCUAUUUCCCAGAUUUUACCUAUGGAACAGACUGAAAAUAGUAGCUGUUAAUAAUUUAACAGGAUGUAAUUAGAUUGAAAAGAGAAGUUAAUCAUGACCAUCAUUCCCUCUAAUUUUCUUUCCGCCUGCACUGGACUCCAAGGACCGUGUACAGCAGCAACAUCAGGUACCGAAGUCAAUGCUGUGAUCAGUGUACCAAUGCUGUUUGUCAUGUACGGAACCCUGGAAAUGUUGCACACAUCCAAUUGUGCAGCUUAGAGGGAACUUUGCUCAUGACUAACCAUCGCUUUCAAUGAAACUCUAUUGUUUCUUCGUGAAUGAAUCAUUUAAAUAGACCCCUCAUGAUCCACUUGCAGUUUCUCCAGUUCUACUAAUCACAUUGGGGUUGAUAGACAUUAUGUACAAGCUGUUGUUUUCUUAUAUGGUGGUUAGUAGUCCCAGUAAUCCAAUGUCAAACAAUGAAGGAGAGUACAGAAUGGGCUGCUCAAAUUUCUGCACUUGACACUGACCUUGUGUGCUGGCCAAGCUUCUUUAUUCACCAAACUUUAAUGGACAAGAAAUCCUGCCGAGGACAUGCAGGUCCUCGGCAUCCUCCACCGCUGUUCCCGACGCCUGGAGGAAGAACGCCUCAUCUUCUGCCUUGGAACACUUCAACCCCAGGGUAUCAGUGUGGACUUCACCAGUUUCCUCAUUUCCCCUCCCCCCGCCUUACCCCAGUUCCAACCUUCCAGCUCAGCACCAUCCUCAUGACCCGUCCUACCUGCCAAUCUCCCUUCCUACCCAUCCGCUCCACCCUCCUCUCUGACCUAUCACCUCCAUUCCCACCCCCAUUGACCUAUUGUACUCUUUGCUACCUUCUCCCCAUUCCCCUCCCCCAACCGACCUCCCCAUUUAUCUCUCCACCCUGAAGGCUCCCUGUCUCCAUUCCUGAUGAAGGGCUUUUGCCUGAAACGUCAAUUUUCCUGCUCCUCGGAUGCUGCCUGACCUACUGCGCUUUUCCAGCAUCACUCUGAUCUAAACUCUGGUUUCCAGCAUCUGCAGUCGUCGCUUUUGCCUAAGAAAUCCUGCUAGUCUGCAGCAACUACCACACUCAAAUUCUAAGCAUGUACAGCUAAUGCACAAAGCUCAGUGACUAGAGAAUAACUCUCCCUUAAUUCCCUACUGGUUGAAAACAGCACAUUUAGUACCUGGUUGGCUUGUUGAGUGACCUCUUCAUGCCUUGUUGUAACUGUUGAUUUAAGUGACCAAGUGACAGGUAAGGGAACUUUACAUGUUUGGGCUUAGACUGACACUUCAUGACAACAUAAUGAAAGAUGUGUCAAAGCCAUGGUACAAUGCUUGAAAUGUCUCAAAGUUAAGAUUGGCUGCAUCAGUUAUGACUAAUUAAACAUUUUUAACCAACUUAAUUUCCAAGUUUGUUAAAGAACUUUGAGGAUUUUUAAAAUAUUUUGAAAGCUCCAGUCCAAAAGGAGAGUUGAUUUUAAUGAAGUCAAAGGUUUCUAGUGAUUCACAAGUCAAAUGUUAUUUUUAUUAUGUGGAAUUUCUGAAUUUUCUAGCAUAUUUUAGGAGUGAGAGGGAUUAAAUUCAAUGAUUUAAGGGCAGCACGGUGGCUCGGGUCCCCGGUGCUUAGCACUGCUGCCUCACAGCAUCAGGGACCCAGGUUUGAUUCCCGCCUCAUGCAAUUGUCCAUGUGGAGUUUGCACAUUCUCCUUGUGUCUGUGUGGAUUCCCUUCCGGGUGCUCCGGUUUCCUCCCACAAUCCAAAGAUGUGCUGGUCAGGUGAAUUAGCCAUGCUAAAUUGCCCAUAAUAUUUGGGGAUGUGUAGGUUCGGUGCACUAGUCAGAGGUAAGUAUAGGGAAUGGGUCUGGGUGGGUUGCUCUUCGGAGGGUCAGUGUGGACUUGUUGGGCUGAAGGGCCUGUUUCACACUGUAGGGAUUCUAUGAUUCCAUUUGUUUCUUUUCCCCAAACAAGUCAUAAAGUUAGUUACGACAAGCAUAAUGGAGAUUUGUUUAUCUUAUCUCACUGUUAGAUAGAAUUGUUACUUUAUAAACAACUUUACUUUUUUUACAUUGCAAGCAAGUACAUCCAUGGGCUACAUAUUUCAGUGUUAUAAACUGAAUUACUUUGGCAUAUCCCAACAAUAAUGUGCUAAAUAUUUUAUUUCUUCUAGACAUUAAUGGGCCACUUUUGCAAAAUAUAUAUAUGUAUUAUAUAUAAAGGACUAAAUAAAUGUAUCAACCAUGGUCAUCGUCAGAGGUACAUAACCAAUAAAGCUUUUGAAUCACAAACUUUGUCACUGGGAAAGCCUGGUAGUGACCACUGUUACCAAGUGAAAAGUGUUCUUUUAAAAUUACUGGUAAUGCUGCAUCAGGGUAACCGUCUUAAGCAAUAAGGCCAUCUGUCAAUUUUAAAACGGUGUGUAUUGCAGGUUUACACUGGUUAGACUGGAUCUGUGGUUUCUCAUUUUACAUCAGGUGGUGAUAUGGAAACUAUACCAAGAGCAGUCAUUUUUUUCCCGAGGAAAUGUAAUCUCUGUAAAGUGGUUUGGUUAGAUUGCUGUUGAGGAAACAAAAUGACACCAUCAACAUAAAUGUUUUCAUUUCCUUGUUGCAUCUGCAUCACAGUGGCUCAGUAAUUAGCACUGCUCCCUCACAGUGCCAGGGACCCGGGUUCAAAUCCCACCUUGGGCAACUGUGCAAACUCCACAUAGACAUUCUCCCCAAGUCUGCGUGAGUUUCCUCGGGUGCUCCAGUUUCCUCCCACAGUCCAAAGAUGUGCAGGUAAGGUGAAUUGGCCAUGCUAAAUUGCCCGUAGUGUUAGGUAGAUUAGUCAGAGGUAAAUGUAAAGGAAUGGGUGUAGGUGGGUUGCUCUUCGGAGGGUUGGUGUGGACUUGUUGGGCUGAAGGGCCUGUUUCCACACUGUAGGGAAUCUAAUCUAAAAAUCAGGAUCCAUUCUAUGGACUUUGUAUACUAGCUUAGUGUAAAGAUUUUCUUUUUUAACUAUUUAUUUUACAAAGAUUAACAACACAGAUUUAAGUGGCUGUCUUCCUUAAAUGUUCAUUGCUGAUGUCCUGACCAACUCCUUAUGAUUAUGCUAAAGAGUGCAUUUGAUCCCGUGAAAGUAAAGGCAGUGAAGUCAGAUCACCUCAGUGUUACCUUUGUUUAAUACAAUAACUGUUCUCACUUUUCUCUGUUUAGGAAUCAUUUCCUUUUAGAUUCACAGAAUUGAUUGAUGAAGUGUUGCUCGUUAAGCAUUAUGAAAUGGCAGACUGUGUAGUGUUCAGGAGUUUUGGCAUACCUGUUGCUGUAAUCACCAGUUUGGGUCAUAUAUUUUGUAAAAUAAUUAAAUUCAUAGUGAUUUCAAAUCAGGCAUUUGAAAUCAUUUUGGCAUUUUGUAACCACACAACACUGGUCACCAUACUAAGGGAAGAAUGUUACUGCAUUACCAGAAGUUCAGAGCUGGAUUACUCAACUUACUAGAAUGAGCAAUUGACUUAUGAGAAAGGCUGAAUAGGCUAAGCCAAUAGCCUCUGGAAUUAAGAGUCAGAGGUGACUUAAUUGAAACCGAAGAUCCUGAGGGGACUUGAUUGGAGAAUGUCAAAAGGGUUUUUCCUCUUGUGAGAGAAUCUAAAACUAAAGGUCAUCGUUUUUAAAAAAAGGGACACUCCGUUUAAAACACAGAUAUCACAGCAUUUUUUCACUGAGUUGAGAGUCUUUGGCUGUCCUCCCCACAAAAGGCAGUGGAUACAGCAUCUUUAAACAUUUUUAAGGGAGAGGUAGUUUGAUUCUUGAUUACCAAGAGGUUGGAAGGUUAUUGGGGCUAUGCCGAAAUGUGGGAUUGGAUUUCAAGUCGGAUCAGCUAUGUCUUAUUAAAUGGGAGAGGAAGCUUGAAGGACUUAAUGGUCUACUCUUAUUCCUUGUUGACACGUUUUUAAAAAAUUAUGUGGGACUUGAAAUAUAGCUUUCAUCUUUUCAUAUUUUAAAACUGCAAAACACUGUCUAUAAUAUAGCAGCAAUAACAGCUUACAUUUAUAAAGCUUCUGUAAUGAAAUAAAAUGUCCCAAGGUGCUUUGCACGAACAUUUGAAAACAAGGUAUAACAUUAAGCACAUGAGAAGAUAUUAGGUCAGAUGUCUACAACUAUGGUCAAGAAGGUUGAUUUUAAGGAAUGUUUUAUAAACAGAAAGCAAAGGAGCAAGUUAUAGGAGGGUAUUGCAGAAUUUAGGACAAAGAUAAAUAAGGGCACGAUCACCAUUAUUGAAGUGAUUAAAGACUGAGGAUGUACAAGAGACAAGAGUUAGGUAAACGAAGAUAGAAAGUUUGAGGCUAAAAUAGAAUGCGGAGGGAAGGGGACAAAGCCAUGGAGAGAUUUGAAAAUAAGGGUAAAAAUUUAGAAAUCAAGACAUAGCUUGGCAGGAGCACAGGGGUGUUAGCACAAUAGGAUUUGGUGAAAUUAAUGACGUGGUCAGCAGUGUUUUGAUCGACCUCAAAUAGGAAAACUUGAUGCAACUCAGUUACAUGUUCCCUGUUGCCCAAAUCUUCCCCACCAUGAUAACCAAGUCAGUCUAAAGCUGCAAAGGUUAUGUAAUUAAAAUUCAUUGUUUGUGAACUGAAGAGGGAUUAAUGGAAAUAAUUUAUAUUGUUGCCUUUUUGGAGUUGGAUUUCCAUCUGAAAAUGUGAUGAAUAUGGGGAUUACACAUCAGCUGCUGAUUACUAUUAAGCACUAACUUUUGGUAAAUACACAAAAGGUGCCAUUAGUGAUACAAAGAAACAUUUGAUAAACCUCAAAGUCUUAGGUUUGAACUGUCGUUGAGUAACACCUACAUCAUAAUAAGAGAUUCAGAUUGGUUCAAAAUAUGUCAAGUUGGUUGAGGGCAGCAGUAACAUUGUGCUCCACCAGGAUUCUAGCUGAUCAACACUAUCCACUAAUUUGAUUGAGAAAUCUGAGAGUAGCUGUUGAUUAUAUAAACCUUGAGUGUGCCCCAUCUUAAAUCAGUGAGGAGAAAUGGGCAAAUAAAAAAUGAACAAUUUUUAAAUCGAGAUGAAUGAAUUACCCAGGUUCAGUUCCCGACUCAGGCGACUGUGUGGAGUUUGCACGUUCUCCCCGUGUCUGCGUGGGUUUCCUCCGGGUGCUCCAGUUUCCUCCCACAGUCCAAAGAUGUGCGGGUCAGGUGAAUUGGCUAUGCUAAAUUGCCUUUAGUGUUAGGUAAGGGGUAAAUAUAGGGGUAUGGGUGGGUUGCGCUUCGGCGGGUCGGUGUGGACUUGUUGGGCCGAAGGGCCUGUUUCCACACUGUAAGUAAUCUAAUCUAAUCUAAUCUAAUCUAAUCUUUGAACCACAUUUCUAAGGCUGUCUCAUUCUAUGGUAAAGCAGCAAUCGUUCGCUUCAGAAGGUGGCACUGUUCUCCAAUACUUCUGUAGUUCAAUUAUUUACAUACUUUUAAUAAAGAUCACGUUAAAUGUUAUUUAGACUCCAUGUGGUACGCUAUCACUGAAUUAUAUAGGCAAGAUUUUAACUGAGGAAUUCAGGUGGUCACUGUAAUUAUUGUAAAGUCUCAGCAUGCCAGUUGUGUGUCAUUUAGCUUUGUUGGCUGCAUGGCUGGUUGGUUUAUGAAACAGGAUGACACCAAAAGUGCAGGUUCAAUUCCUGUACUGACUGUGGUUAUUGUGCAGGUCUUGCCUUCUCACCCUUGUCUGAGGCGUUUUUAACUUCUAUGUUUAAUUUACUACCAGUUGUGUAUCUCUAAUGAGAGAGUGCGACAAUGUGACUUUAAAUGCCAAUACCAAAUUUGCUUCUGACUCUUUAAAAGUAUAUUUAACCCUUUUUAUUCGGAAUGAUCUUAAAAUAAGGAGUAAUUUGAUGCACUUGAGUGAAUCGUAUAUUCAUGCAGUAAUUUGCAGUUAUUUCCAUUUUUUAAAUUGACAAUUAUAUAUGUAACUAUUAGUCAACAGAAAACAAUGUAACUUCCUGUAUA